CAUUAUUUUUUAGUGCCAUGUCGCCAGUUCUGCCAUGGCUCUACGUUCUACUUGAGCUGCUUUUGUUGGCAACUGAAGGGUGUGGGGGCGGUCUUGAACAGGACUGUCAGGCUGACUCCAACUUGCUCUUAUUGCAGAGGGGAGCUGUUUCUCUUCAGCAGCAACAGCUCCAGAUGCCCACACACCGCUGGGGCAUGUGGCUUUGUUUACUUGCGACCCUGCUGCUACUGAUGGUCCUUUUUUGGUGUGACUUUGCCUCCAAAAGGCAGACGCAGGCGGCUGGAGGGGCCGAAGCUUACUUGAUGGAGAAGAAAGAAGGAGAGGUCAGAGAGGACCAGUCAACGCUGCAGCUCUCUGAUUGCCAAACCGUGAAUGAUUCUGUGAACUACUGGGCUUCGAAGACGCCAGAGAAGAGGGCCUUCACUUUCUGCGAUGCCGCUGGGAACGUCGCAGAGACACGGUCCUUUGCAGAGCUGCAGAGGCUAUCGUGGGCUGUGGCGCAGUUGUUAUUCGACGUGAGCGGUUUUGGCGACCGCAUCCUACUCGUCUACGAACCUGGCUUGGACUUCUUCGACGCCUUCCUCGGCUGCCUGGCGUCCGGCCGCGUCGCCGUGGUGGUCUAUCCACCGAUGCCCAGCUCCGGCAGCUCGCUGCGGAAGUUCACAGCGGUGCAAGCGGAUUGUGGGGCUCAGGUUGCUUUGACCAGUUCCAGAUAUUGGUGGUCCACGGCCGUGUUCUUCAACGCUGAAUGGCCGUCCAUCAUCUGGAAAGUCACAAGCAAUUUGAAGGGCCCGACGAUCAGCGCCGAGCUUCCGAAGAAGAUCUCUGCGGAGGAACUGGCCUUUUUGCAGUACACCUCAGGAUCGACUGGAGACGCGAAGGGUGUCAUGGUUUCACACGCGAACCUCAUGGCCAACUGCCUCAUCCCCUGUGCUCACAUUGGAAGUCCCAGUCACUUGGGACGCGAACGGGCACGGCCCCAGUUUGGCCCGGAGUCCAUUGGAAUCACCUGGUUGCCGCAUUACCAUGACAUGGGCCUGGUUGCGACAUAUCUCACCGCUCUAGUUUGGAACGUCACAUUGGUGGGUUUUUCCCCUUUGGACUUCAUCAAAGAUCCACUCCUGUGGCCUCAGCUGAUGUCGCGCUACCGUGGUACGGUCACCGCCGCGCCCCACUUUGCCUAUCAGCUCACGGCUCGACGCAUAGAGGCGGCAGAGGCGACAAAGGGAGCAUUGGAUCUUGACCUGUCCAGCAUGGUGAUGGCCAUGGAUGCAGCUGAGCCCGUCAACGUCCGCAUGCGCGAGGCCAUGCUGACGACCUGGAAGCGCUACGGCUUGCCGGCGGGGGCGUAUGGGGUAGGCUAUGGCUUGGCUGAACAUGUCGUCAAAGUGACCUCUGGGGGUGUGGAAGGCCCUGAGGGCAUGUUGGGCACGGUGGCGGAUUGUGGCAGUCCAUGGAAAGACAUUUGCCUGAAGAUCGUAGAUCCAGAGACCAAGAUGGAGAUGCCCGAAGGAGAGGAAGGAGAGAUUUGGUUGGAUUCGCCCAGUAAAGCCCUGGGCUAUUGGAAGGACCCUCAGUCCACGCGAGAGACCUUCCACGCUCGCCUCGCCUCGGACGGACACGUGGAGCUUUCCUCGUCCCGGAGCUUCCUGCGGACCGGCGACCGCGGCUUCAUGCGGGAGGGCAGGUUGUUCGUGUGUGGACGCAUCAAGAAUAUGAUCAUCAUCGCUGGGCAGAACUUCUACCCGCAGGACAUUGAGCAAACCGUGGCGGAGGCGAGCGAACAUGUGCGUCCAGGCCAGGUGGUUGCUUGCAGCAAUGCUGCACUCACUGAAGAGGAGCAGCUCUUGCUGGCCUUGGAAGUGAAAGACCCAGAAGUCUAUCCGGAGAACUUGGCGACCACUCUGCGUGCCCGAAUCGAAGCGGAACAUGGCCUUCUGCUUUGGGGGCUCGUCUUGCUGAAGCCCAGGAGCUUGCCCAAGACGACCAGUGGAAAGCUGCGGCAUCAGAAGGUUGCUGAACUCUUCCAGACCUCUUUUGGCUCGGCACUCGUCGAGAAGCACUUCUGGGGCGCCGACGCCGACCGCGACGUGCACCCCAUCGACUGGACGGGCACCAGCGACCGCGCGGCGCGCGCCAGGCGCAUCGAAGAGUGGAUUGUGCAAGAGAUGCCUGCAGACGCACCCAGUGACAGUGUGGUGACCAGCUCGGCUGGGGCGGCCAGGCUCCAUGCAAGGCUGCUCGUUGCUCUGAGUGCACCAUGUCCGGGCAAGGACACCGUCUUCCAUGCCUCGGUGACUUCCUCGCACCUCCCCCUGAGCGCCGUCUUCGCCGACCGCGCCGCGCUGGCGCGCGCGGCCGAGCGCGCGAAGUUCCCGGAGGGUCCCGCGUGUCCGGCACCGCGACGGCGGACACGGCGGGAGAUGGUGAGCACCAUGACGGUGCAGGGGAAGCACAAGGUGCCUCUGGUGAUUCUUUGGACUUGGAAGACCUUGGGCCUUCUAGCGCCUUUGCUGAUCCUUUUGAUGCCCAUGUUCCUCCUGUCAACUGCUUUGGAUCGCUUGCAUCUCCUUUAUGGUCAUGGGCUCAUCAUGGUUUUGGCCCCACUGCUGUUGGCGGGUGUUUGGGCACUGCUAUUGGUGCAAGUGUUUCUCCUUCGCUUGGCGCUCUUUCCUAAAACACCUGCACCGGGGCGCUACAAGGUGGACGGUUGGAUGCACUUGCGCCUGUGGCAGUUGGAUGUCUCUUUGACCUUUCUGCAUCGCUUUGGCGCGAUUUAUCGAGGAACUCCAGUGCACAACGCCCUGCUUCGAGCGCUUGGCGCGGAGAUUGGCUAUGGAGCCAAGCUCAACAUCUUCGCACGGGCUUCCUGUCAGUUGCUGAGCGCUGGUGCUGGCUGUUCAGUGGAUGAAUCCAGCGUCAAGUGUCAUUGCCUUUUGGAUGGUGAAUUGAUCCUGUCGCCAAUCCAUUUACCCGCUCACUCUUCCAUCGGCCCCCGCUGUGUCCUGGAGCCGGGCAGCACUCUGACGCCGGGCACCUUGCUGCGGGCGCGCUCUGUGGUGCUGCUAGGAGGCACCGAGGGCGAGAACAUAGCCGACUCCGGCAAGAACGUGGAGAAUGCAGCAAACGGUGAGGGUUUGGAUUGGGCCAAGUUGAUCUAUGCCCUCGUGAUCCAUCCAUACAUUUUCGUAGGGUUCAUCUACAUGAUUUUCUAUGGCUUGCAGGAGUUUGUGACUCAUGGUUUUGUGGCUUUGAUGCUGGGAGCGACGCUGGCGCUGAUCUUGGCGGGUACAGCGGCUUUGAUGGUCUUCAUCCUGCUGAAGUGGGUCCUGGUUGGCAGGCUGGAGCCAGGGCGCAGGCCGAGCUGCUGGAGGCUGGUGACCUGGAUCUUGCCCAGCGCGCAGCUCUUCAUCUCCUCCGUUCCGGAGUGCCUCCUACGUUUGGCGCUCCUCCUGCUGGGUGCGAACGUGAGCUCGGACGCCUUCCUGACGAUGCCCAGCUGGUUGACGGCGCUGAAAGGCGGUGAGCUGGUCACCGUGGAGUCCCAGAGCUUCCUGGGAGGCCUGGCAGAUUUUGCUCUCGAAGGUGAAGAGCAGUUGCACUCAGUGCGCAUUCGCCAAAAGUGCUAUUUGGGCGCUGGGAGCUAUCUCGAUUUUGGAUGUUGCAUGGAUGAGGGCGCUUCAGUGGCAGCGCUGAGCUACCUGCCGCCCCGGUCCCAGCUUCAAUCUGCUCGGACCUACCUGGGGAACCCCGCCACCGCACACGCCUCCGCGUGGACUGCGAGGAAUCCGAACGUGGCGCCUGACGGGGUAGGGUGGGCUGAGUGGGUGUGGCAGGAGGUUUUCCUAUCCACUGUGCAGAGAGCAAUCAGCUUGCAGCCUUUGCUGCUACCCUUGUUUUUUUCCUUUUGGACCAAGUACUUCUUUUCUCCGGCAUCUUCUUCCUCGGACCUUCGAACCUUUGCCACCAGCUUCUGCCUGAUCAGCAUCGCUGGAUAUUUUCUGGGCCUCCUGCUCUGCGUGGUCAUCUACUGGUGCUGCGUUGGGACCCUGAAGGCCAUCUGCCGCGACUGGCCGGAGCUGACGCUCACGAAAGGCACUGGGGGCUUUCACCUUUGGAAGACCGUGAUGGAGCUCUUAUUAUUUUCCCGGCUCUGGACUUCCUUGUUGCUCUCCACGCCAUACUUUCCCGUCUUUUUGCGGCUACUGGGCGCACGGAUUGGCAAAGGAGUGAACUUCGAUGAGGAGUUGGGUUUGCACGAGCCGUGGCUCCUGGUGAUGGGCGAUCAUUGCCAGCUGGGCAUGGCACGGCUUUCACCACACUCCCUGGAGAUCGAUGGAUCGAUCACCUUGCAACGGCUCCUGAUUGGCUCCAACGUCUCGCUCCUUGAGGAUGCCACGGUCUUCGGCGGAACCCAGGUACCAGAUCGUUGUGUCCUGGGCUCCUUCUGUCGACCGCUGAAGGGGCAACACUUGCUCGCGCGUGAGUAUCACUCGACGCCCGCUGAGCCGGUAGGAUGAGGUACUUUUGUUUCUGCGGGUACAAGGCGACCAGCUCUUGGACACAUAUAC